ACGUCGUGGAAGUGUUGUCUACGGUUGAAGGAGACCGUGUGGAGUGCUGUCCGGGAAGACUGUCCCGGUGAAGAAGGCCACCAGUGUCGUUGCGAAGAUAUCCUCUCCAGUCUCUCAAAGCUUCAGAAAAGGCUAAAGCCUGACGUCCACCUCCCUGAGGCUGCUGAAAAGCCAUCCGUCCCAAAAGCUCCCACCCUGACCCAGACAUCCGUGAGUGGUUCAUCAGUGGAGUUGUUGUGUCAGGCUUCACAGGGCUCUGGUGGUCGUGAAUUUAAACUCUUUAAACUACGGACACUGGUAGAUACUGUCAAUCAUAAGAGUAAACUGCGAGAGGCACGAUUUGUGCUCAGGGUAGAAGAUACAAACAAAGACAAUCUGUACUGUUGUCAGUAUGAAAACAGCGAAAUCAGUCCUUAUUUUAGCCCAGAGCUGAAAACCAAAGUACCUGUUGCCCCCCCUCCAUCCCCUCGUCUGGUGGUGGAACCCUCGAGCGAUUAUGUGGUAACUGAUCAAACGCUGUCAUUCAAAUGUCAGGCCCCAGCUGCCUCCCUGAAUCAGCCACUGGACGCUUUCCUCCUAAUCCAGAAAACCAGAGGAACCAAGGGCUCCAUGACCGCCCCAUCCAAACUGGUGUCCCGGUCUCAGCAUCCUCUCUUCAGUGUAAAGACAAUGGGACGAGAAGACAGCGGAGAGUACGUCUGUCUUUACCAACUCACCUUACCAAAGACGGGGCAGCUGAACUCUUCUACCAGUCAGCCGGUACACAUUACUGUUAUAGACCUCCCAGUUCCCACUUUGUCAUUGUCCAAAAACGAUGUUUUGGAGUGUGUGGGUUCCCCCUCAUAUCCACAAGCUAGCUUCUCUUUAUUCCGCGUGGGUUCCUUGUUACCUGAGGCGACCCGCCUGUUUUCCUUGACCGAAGUCCGUGGUAAAUUUCCAAUACCCAAUCACUACGACCAAGGCGAACAGUAUCAGUGCCAAUACACAGUGCAGAUGGGUAACUCUAACCUGUACUCUAAAAUGAGCCUCCCAGUCAAUCUUCCAUGCAUUAAAGGAAAGCAAUGCACACCAUCCUCUCCAGAUAAAAGCAAAACAGGGAAAGUGGAUCUGGUGCUUAUUAUUGGCUCCGUUUCUGCUGGUGUGCUUUUCCUUAUGGUGGUGUCGCUCCUCAGCUUUGCCAUACACAGACAUAUCAAAACAAUGGCAGAGAGAAGAAGAAAAAGAGAACAAGACAAAUUAUGGCAACAAAUUCACAUCGGAGAUCCUAUUUUUGAUCUUCCACGGCAGCCUUUUGACUGUAACUCACAGGACUUUGAACCAGCAUUUAAAGGAAGACCCUUGGUGCCAGAGCCUAUCUAUGACUGCCCCUCCAUGACAACCUUUACCAAUCCUGCACUUUAUUGAACACUCCUAUAAAUUCUGUUUGCCUAUAUUGGUAGAAGGCUGUGGGUUCGAUUCCCAGGGAAAAUGUAUAUCUUGUUUGCAUAACUGUCUAUCUAUCUGUCAUCCAUUUAUGUAUUUCACAUUUUCUAACCGAUUCUGUAUGCUUUACUGUUUAUUUAGCUGUUUUAUAUAUUUAUUAAAUAAAUGAUCAGAAUGUA